AUGAUCAACCCAAAGAAACCACCCAAAGAAGGGACGAAAAGCGAAAAGUUCAUUCAUGAGGAAAAUAUACGGACGCUGAGGUUUUACCGUUACUUAUUUCUUGCUUCUUAUGCUGUGUAUUUCUUAAUAACGCUGACAUUUUUCUGGUCAACAUUUACAAAGCGUUAUAUCGCCUUGUCAGUAGGAUGUUUCAGUGUAUGUUUAGCAGCGUAUAAAUUUAUGUCUUAUAUGGCUACACCAUCUUAUGCUGUCAAUGAACGUGGUACUCGUCAAUUAGUAGAUGCUGGAUUAGAUUUGAAUAUAGGAUCUGGUGGACUUGGAGAGCAUGCCAAGGACACAAUAAUCAUGUGCAGUCUAGUCACAGUGUUAAGUUUAAUUCAUCAAUACUUCUGGUUCCUGUUAUUAGUUAUUCCAGGACGCUUAUUCUAUGUCCUUUGGGUGAAUAUACUUGCUCCGUGGAUAUUUGAUCCAAAUCAACAACCACAAGUGAACGAGAAGAAACAAAAGAAAAUGGAACGUAAAAUGAAACGUGUUGGUCAUUUGAUGCAUGGAUCAGAUCGAUCAGCUGGACGGGCUAAUUAA